UGAGUGGUGCCAGGGCUGAUGGCUCUGCUCCCAGACUGCUCCCGCCCCAGCCUGGCCCGGCCGCCCUUCCUGCCCUCCAGCGCCUCCAUGAACAUGCCGCACUCCUUUGGUUCUGCGGGUGGGACGGUGCUGGGGGACAGUCCCCCUCCCACCAGCCCCAACAGCACCAAGCGACCACUCCCCAUCUCUUCCACCAUGCCUGCCACUGAGCGCUGCUGGCCCAUCCGCCCCACGCUGCGCAAUGAGCUCGACACCUUCUCCGUCCACUUCUACAUCUUCUUUGGGCCCAACGUGUCAGUGCCACCCGACCGUCCUGCCAUCUUUGUCAUCAACCUCCUGCCGGUGCUGGACAGUGGCGGGGUGCUCAACCUGGAGCUGCGGCUCAAUGUGAGCUCCCUAUGUGGUGAGAAUGUGACAGUGUUUGGCUGUUUGAACCAUGAGGUCCCACUAACAUCCGGUGACAACACAUCAGUUACCUGUGAGACAGAGUCCCUGGCAGGCUUCCUGCUCUCUGUCAACGCCACAGCCAGCCUGAGCCGCCUGCGCAUCCCUUACCCCCAGACGGGCAGCUGGUACCUGAGCCUGCGCUCCCUCUGUGCCACAGAGCAUGGGUUCGAGCCUUGCACCAAUGUGACAGCUGAGGUCUACCUGCGUGCCUACCUCUCACCCUGCAUCAACGACUGUGGCAUCUAUGGGCAGUGCAAGCUGCUGCGUACCAACAAUUAUUUGUAUGCAGCCUGUGAGUGCAAAGCUGGAUGGAAUGGCUGGGGCUGCACUGACAAUGCCGAGGCAUUCUCCUAUGGUUUCCAGCUCCUCUCCACUCUGCUGCUCUGCCUCAGCAAUGUCAUGUUUGUGCCUCCCGUGGCCAUUGCUGUGCGCAGUCACUACCUCCUGGAAGCUGCUGUCUACAUCUUCACAAUGUUCUUCUCCACUUUUUAUCAUGCCUGUGACCAGCCAGGCAUCGUGGUGUUCUGCAUCAUGGACUAUGAUGUGCUGCAGUUCUGUGACUUCCUGGGUUCCCUCAUGUCUGUCUGGGUCACUGUCAUUGCCAUGGCCCGGCUGCAGCCUGUGGUCAAGCAGGUGCUGUACCUUCUGGGGGCCAUGCUCCUCUCCAUGGCACUACAGAUGGACCGCCAUGGGCUAUGGAACCUGCUGGGACCCAGCCUCUUUGCCUUGGGCAUCAUGGCCAUUGCUUGGACAGCUCGCUCCAUCCGUCGCCGCCACUGCUACCCACCCACCUGGAAACGCUGGGCGUUCUACCUGUGCCCAGGUGCACUGAUUGCAAUGGCUGCCGUGCUGCUCUAUGCCUUCGUGGAGACAGAGGAGAACUACUUCUACAUUCACAGUAUCUGGCACCUGCUCAUCGCCGGCAGUGUGGGCUUCCUGCUGCCACCCCGCGCCAAGCCCAGCGGGCGCCUGGGGCCACUGCCCCGCCGUAAGGGCUGUGGGUACCAGCUCUGCGUCAAUGAACAGGAGGAGCUGGGGCUCGUUGAUCCAGCGGUGGCCUCCAUCAACAGCAUUUGCACCAGCUGAUGCUACCAGUGCACUGGACUCAGGCAGGGAUGGUGACACAGGGAAAAGCAGGACUCCUCCGGGCUGCGCACAGCUGUCCCAGUGUCACAAUUACAGCCUGGUUGAACUUGUCAGCAGGCAUUGCUUGCUACUCCAUCUGGCACAGGAGUGCCCCUGUCCCCACUACCUUCAGCCCCCCUGGACACCUUGGUGCCCUGCAUGUGACUGUCCCCACCCCAUAGUGCUGGAGCUGUGACAUCCCUGCUACUGCCACCAGCCCUGGGCAGCUGCAGGGCACUGAGCCUUUCUGGAAGAGGGCAGUGCAUGCGCUGGGCCCCCAGAUCUGCUUACAGAUGUCUCAGCCUCUGAGCAGGAGGUUGGGGGAAAGGUGUUCGUGGGGGGACACAAUGAC